AGCGACCCCAGCGAGGGACAGGUCUUCCUCAGCGAGAGCUGCGUGAAGAGGCUACUGGAGAUCACAGAAGGCUCAGAGUUUCUCAGGCUGCAGGUGGAAGGAGGUGGCUGCUCUGGAUUCCAGUACAAGUUUUCCUUGGACACAGUUGUCAAUCCCGAUGACAGGGUGUUUGAACAAGGUGGUGCCCGUGUGGUCGUGGAUGUGGACAGCCUGGCCUUUGUGAAAGGUUCCAUGGUGGACUUCAGCCAGGAGCUGAUUCGCAGCUCCUUCCAGGUGGUGAGCAACCCCCAGGCAGAGAAGGGUUGCUCGUGUGGGACUUCCUUCUCUGUCAAAAUCUGACUGGACUUCAUAUGGAUGGACGCUGUCCGCAAAUGCUUCCUGGCAGUCUUCAGAGGGGUUUUGUGGGUUCUUUUCCCAGCUGGUCCCUGUCAUCUCCCUUACCCUGUAACACAGCUGUUACACGUGACUCCAGCUGUGUGUGUGUCUGCACUGAGCCUGUCUCCAAGACUUGUUGGCCGUCCCUUCAGAAACCUGAAGUAGCUGUGAGCAUGCACACAGGAGUAUCUUCAGCGCCUUGUGAACCACCAGCCAGGUGGCGCUGACUCGCCUACCCUAUCCUGAAUGUGGAACCACUUAACUGGCUUGUCUCUGCAAGAGACUGCUGUGUAUAUAUAUAUGUGUGUGUUUAUUGAAAGUUCUUAGAAAAAAAAAGUCUUUGAGAUUGA